ACUUGGCUAUGGUUCCAGACCGGGUAUACUGUAUUAAAGGGAGCUAUACUUCAUCUCAAUUUAGCUGUGUUGCAUGCACUGUCCUAGACCUAGACUAUUUGCUAUUAUUAAGCAGAGUACUACCUGCGUUAUCCAAAAGUAACAACUCAGCAAACACACCAAGUCUAUUUUAAAAAGGACAGUUGGGCUAUAAAUUAGGUAUCCUUAUUCUUGGGGAUAGACUAUUUUCUGCAAAGUGAGUUGUAUCUUAGCCUGUGCUCCUCUGUUUUCUCAAGGGGAGCGAGCCACUGCAGUAGCGGUAUGAGAGUCCAAGAAAAAGAGAAUGGCAUAAACCGAGAAGAGAUGCACAGAGGAGAGAAGUGAUCUGGCUACCACGGAACUCAGUGCAGACGAAGUCUAUUGUCUGCAAUCUGUACUCUACUCUCUACAGUUGGGUUUUGCCGCUGCCAAUGAAAAUGAAGACGGUAUGCAGAUGGAUUGGUCAAGACAAGCUUCCAAUAUAGAUCUAGAUCUAUAGAUCUGCUGCAUGGGAUGUGUUUGAAGAGACUGACGGAUCUUCUGCUGGAUUCUAGCAUCACCACCGCCCAUGAUUAGUGGCUGACAUGAGCUCAGAGGGAAACACCAGUGAGGUCUGGAAGUGUCAGUUGCCCUCAGGAGGAAGCUGAGUGUCUCUGAGACAUUCUCUGUGUGAGACCUGGAUGAGACGAGAAGAGAAGGAGAAGUAGUGAUAACAUUUCCCACACAGAGGACCUAAAACCAUGGGCUUGUUAUGGUGCCAGGCACGCCGGACUGAACGUGUGUUCCUAGCCCGUCAGUAGCACCACCACCCCCCUCAACCCUCCUCCCCCCAACCCCAUGUCAGACCUUUCUCUAAAUGAUGGACAUUUUGUGGAAGACGCUGACUUGGAUAUUGAUAUUGAGCCUGGUGGUGGUCAUGGCUUCCUCUGAAUUUCAAAGACUUUCGCACAACUCACAAGACGAGUACCUGUCCUACUUGCAGCACUACCAGCUGACUGUGCCAGUGCGAGUGAACGAGAACGGGGACUUCCUCAGCUACACUGUGAAACAUCACAAGCCCGGUGGCAGGAGACGAACCGCCGACGCCACCAACACCACCAUCGGCCCAGAGCCAACCGACCACGCCGAACAGGACCCGGCCCAGUCCCGGCUCUUCUACAGACUGUCGGCUUACGGAAAGCACUUUCACUUAAACCUGACCCUCAACCCCCACCUGGUGUCCAAACAUUUCACGGUGGAGUACUGGGGGAGAGAGGGCCUGGAGUGGAGACAUGACAUGGUGGAGAACUGCCACUAUGUAGGAUACCUGCAGGAUCAGUACAGCUCCACCAGAGUAGCGCUCAGUAACUGUAAGGGCUUGCACGGCGUUAUUACAACAGAAGAAGAGCAAUAUUUAAUAGAGCCACUCAAGAAUAUAUCCUCCACAACUUCCAGCCAAUGGGACCAGGGAGAAGGACAGCAGCAUGUUAUAUAUAAAAAGUCUUCCAUCCCCUCGCCGCAGCAGCAACCCAGCCAACACGAGUUCAGCUGUGGCAUCUCAGACCUCCCCUGCCAACAUAGCACUCCUUCCCCAACCUCUCCAACCUCCUCCUCUCACUCCUUCUCUCCCACCCCAGCCCCUGGGUCCAACAGUUCCCAGCCCCUUCCCAGUGGGGGCUACAGACAGAGGCGGUCGGUCAGCAUGGAGCGCUUCGUUGAGACCCUGGUGGUAGCUGAUAAGAUGAUGGUUGGUUACCAUGGACGCAAAGACAUCGAGCACUAUAUCCUGUCUGUGAUGAAUAUUGUUGCCAAACUUUACCGUGAUGCCAGCCUAGGAAAUGUUGUGAACAUUAUAGUAACUCGCCUGAUUGUACUGACUGAGGACCAGCCCAACCUGGAGAUCAACCAUCAUGCAGACAAGUCUCUAGACAGCUUCUGUAAGUGGCAGAAGUCUAUCCUCAGUCACCAAGGAGACGGGAACAGCAUUCUGGAGAACGGCAUGGCUCACCAUGACAACGCUGUCCUCAUCACAAGGUACGACAUCUGCACUUACAAGAACAAACCCUGUGGGACUCUAGGCUUGGCGUCGGUAGCUGGGAUGUGUGAGCCGGAGAGGAGUUGCAGCAUCAAUGAAGACAUCGGCUUAGGUUCUGCUUUCACCAUCGCUCACGAGAUUGGCCACAAUUUCGGGAUGAACCAUGAUGGAAUAGGAAACUCAUGUGGGACUAAAGGCCAUGAGGCAGCCAAGCUGAUGGCGGCCCACAUCACAGCUAACACCAACCCCUUCUCCUGGUCGGCCUGCAGUAAGAACUACAUCACCAGUUUCCUCGACUCAGGUCGGGGGACGUGUCUGGACAAUGAACCUCUGAAACGAGACUUCCUGUACCCAACAGUGGCCCCGGGGCAGGUGUACGACGCAGACGAGCAGUGUCGCUUCCAGUACGGAGCCUCUUCACGACAGUGCAAAUAUGGGGAAGUGUGUAGAGAGCUCUGGUGCCUUAGCAAAAGCAACCGCUGUGUCACCAACAGUAUCCCUGCUGCUGAGGGGACCUUGUGUCAGACGGGAAGCAUCGAGAAAGGGUGGUGCUACCAGGGGGAGUGUGUGAUAUUCGGGACGUGGCCCCAGAGUAUGGACGGAGGCUGGGGUCCCUGGUCGUCGUGGGGGGAGUGCAGCAGGACCUGCGGAGGGGGAGUCUCAUCCUCCAUGAGACACUGUGACAGCCCAGCGCCUUCUGGAGGAGGGAAGUACUGUCUCGGAGAGAGGAAGCGCUACAGGUCGUGUAACACAGAUGCGUGUCCAUCGGGAUCCCGGGAUUUCCGUGAGAAGCAGUGUGCCGACUUCGACAGUUUGCCGUUCCGUGGGAAAUACUACAACUGGAAGCCCUACACCGGAGGUGGUGUGAAGCCGUGUGCUCUGAACUGUCUGGCGGAGGGAUAUAACUUCUACACUGAGCGCUCCCCGGCCGUCAUCGAUGGAACACGUUGCCAGGCCGACUCAUUGGACAUCUGCAUCAAUGGAGAGUGCAAGCACGUAGGCUGUGACAACAUCCUGAGCUCAGACGCCAAGGAGGACCGUUGUCGGGUGUGUGGAGGGGACGGCAGCACCUGUGAGGCCACAGAGGGACUGUUCAAUGACUCUCUGCCCAGAGGAGGCUACAUGGAGGCUGUUCAGAUACCAAGGGGGUCAGUCCACAUAGAAAUCAAAGAAAUUGCCAUGUCCAAAAACUACAUCGCGCUGAAGUCGGAGGGAGACGACUACUACAUCAACGGAGCGUGGACCAUCGACUGGCCCAGAAAGUUUGAUAUCGCAGGGACGGCGUUUCACUACAAGAGACCCCUUGAUGAACCCGAGUCAAUAGAGGCCCUGGGAGCCACCACGGAAAACCUGGUCGUCAUGGUUCUUCUCCAGGAACAGAACACGGGGAUCCGUUAUAAGUUCAACGUUCCCAUCCAGAGGACAGGAAGUGGAGACAAUGAGGUGGGCUUCUCCUGGAACCAUCUGGCCUGGUCCGACUGUUCCGCCACCUGCGCUGGAGGUUCCCAGAAGCAGGGAGUGGUGUGUAAGCGUCUGGAUGAUAACUCUGUCGUGCAGAACAGCUACUGUGAAGCAGAAAGCAAACCUCCAGGGAACCAGAGGUCCUGCAACACUGAACUCUGCCCCCCAGAGUGGUUUAUCGGGGACUGGUCGGACUGUGGGAAGACGUGUGAUGGCGGGAUACGGACGCGGACGGUUCUCUGUAUCAGGAAAAUGGGGCCUGCCGAGGAGGAGACCCUGGUGGACAGCCACUGUCUGACGCACCGACCAAUAGAACGAGAAGCCUGCAACAACCAGUCCUGCCCCCCUCAGUGGGUCACUCUGGAUUGGUCAGAGUGUACACCCAAAUGUGGCCCUGGGUUCAAGCACCGCAUCGUGCUGUGUAAGAGCAGCAACCUGACCAAGACCUUUCCUCCCGCCCACUGUCCCGCCCACAACAAGCCCCCCAUCAGGACCCGCUGCAGUCUGGGACGCUGUCCACCACCUAGAUGGAUCCUAGGGGAAUGGGGACAGUGUUCAGCGCAGUGUGGGCUGGGCCAGCAGAUGCGGACAGUGCAGUGUCUCUCCUACACAGGCCAGCCCUCCAGUGACUGUCCCGAGGCCCUCAGACCUCCCAACAUGCAGCAGUGUGAGAGCAAGUGUGGCUCCACGCCCAUCGCUAACGGAGAUGAAUGCAAAGACGUAAACAAAGUGGCAUAUUGCCCACUGGUGCUGAAGUUCAAGUUCUGUGGCCGUGCGUACUUCAGACAGAUGUGCUGCAAGACGUGCCAUGAACGCUGACCCACACAGAGAGAGAAGGAGAGAAAUAACGAGAGGAACAGAGGGAGCUGGAGGAGAAAGAGACACACAGGCAACGGGCAGAGUGAAAACAACUCAAGACCAGUGGAAGAGGAGGAGGAGAGGAGAGAAGAAAAUAAACCAGGAUUCACCCAUUUAUCACACCUCCUCCCCCCGCCCCAUCACCGUGGAAACCUAACCACUGCUCAGCAGACACGCUGACACAGACCUUUGUUACUGUCACUUCUGUGAAGUGGGAACCUUAGAGGAUUGUUGUUACUGAUGUUAUUUUUAUUAUAAUAAUAAUAUUAAUAUUAUUUUAAUUGUUUUAUUGUCAUCUGUUUGUUGUUAUUGUUUUUUGUUGUUGUUUUUGAAUCCAAAGUGCUGGACACAUCACACAUAGAGCAGAAGCACCGCAGGGAAGGAGGGAUGGAAGGAGUAGCCACUGGAGGGGAGGAGGGAUGGAAGGAGUAGCCACUGGAGGGGAGGAGAGGGGGAGAGGAGUAGGGAGUGUAGCUGAAGAGUGGAUGGCUGGGUGUUAUGGUACUAUGGAAAGACAGACAGACAGACAGACAGACAGACAGACAGACAGACAGACAGACAGUGUGAAUAUUCCAUAAAUUAUACCUUAACACAUCACAAAGCACACCAGUAGUGUCAUUCAAGCAAUUGUAUUAAAUCUGUCUGUGGUUAUGCCACAUAUUGUCAGUGGAGGCCUGGAGGCCAGUGGGAUGGCAGAGCGCAUGUUUCUACAAUGUUCUGUGCUGGAACUGGGAAAAGGGUGCUACAUUAGGGGUUAUUUCUACUUCAUGUUAUCAGAGGAGGUCGUUCUUCUGUUCUGUUUAUUGUCUUGUUUCUAAAAGAGGGUGCCUUCGUUUUCAACAACACUCACUUUGUGCCACAACCUUGAAAAAGGACACCCGCGGUUGAUGCAAAUUGUGGAUUUGUGAAUAAUCACAAAUAUUGCAAACUGCACCGUUUGGCAGUGAAGUACUGUAUUGACUUUGAAGGACCUUAGUUUAUUAUUGUUGUUGUUAUUAUCAUGUAGUUCGGAUACUCCACCUCUUGUGAACAUUGGAGAUAGUAACAAUUAGUGAACUAAACUGUUAUCGAACACAGAGGAUCUCUGUAUCAGCCCUUUCACAGUAUAUUGUGUAGUGUUGAGAUUUCAUCAGCAUGGGAAGAACUCACAGCCUCACCAGCCCUGUGACUGGAGUUAAGUGAAGGGACAGUACUGAACACACACACACACACUCCCAGCAGUCCCUCCGAGCAGACCAUGGUGUGUUGCCAGACCACACAGAUCCAAUCUGCCACAGACAGACUACCUCCAGACAGUGUCACCCUUCUCCUCGUCCUUCCUUCCUCCUUCCCUCCCUCUCCUCUCUGCUCCCCUCUUCCACUCUACUCUCCAAAGAGAACAAACAGUAAAUAACUUAAUAUUAUGUAACUCAAUGGUGCUUAAUUAAAAAAAAUACUAAUAUUCAGGUGGAGUGCUGUUUGUUUCUUCUCCCUGGCUCUUCUCCCUGGCUAUUCACCCUGGCUCUUCUCCCUGGCUCUUCUCCCUGGCUAUUCACCCCGGCUCUUCUCCCUGACUCUUCUCCCUGGGUCCCUGGCUAUUCACCCCGGCUCUUCUCCCUGAUUCUUCUCCCUGGCUCUUCUCCCUGGCUAUUCACCCCGGCUCUUCUCCCUGACUCUUCUCCCUGGCUCUUCUCCCUGGCUAUUCACCCCGGCUCUUCUCCCUGACUCUUCUCCCUGACUCUUCUCCCUGAAUCUUCUCCCUGGCUAUUCACCCCGGCUCUUCUCCCUGACUCUUCUCCCUGACGCUUCUCCCUGGCUAAUCACCCCAGCUCUUCUCUCUGACUCUUCUCCCUGACUCUUCUCCCUGGCUCUUCUCCCUGACUCUUCUCCCCGACUCUUGUCCCUGGCUCUUGUCCCUGGCUCUUCUCCCUGGCUAUUCACCCGGCUCUUCUCCCUGGCUCUUCUCCCUGACUCUUCUCCCUGGCUAUUCACCCCGGCUCUUCUCCCUGACUCUUCUCCCUGUCUCUUCUCCCUGUCUCUUCUCCCUGGCUAUUCACCCCAGCUCUUCUCCCUGACUCUUCUCCAUUGCUCUUCUCCAUGGCUAUUUGCCCCGGCACUUCUCCGUGACUAUUCUCCCUGGCUAUUCACCCCGGCUCUUCUCCCUGACUCUUCUCCCUGACUUCUCCCUGACUCUUCUCCCUGACUCUUCUCCCUGGCUAUUCACCCCAGCUCUUCUCCCUGACUCUUCUCCUUGGCUCUUCUCCCUGACUCUUCUCCCAGGCUCUUCUCCCUGACUCUUCUCCCUGGCUAUUCUCCCUGACUCUUCUCCCUGGCUCUUCUCCCUGACUCUUCUCCCUGGCUUUUGACCCUGGCUAUUCUCCCUGGCUCUUCUCCCUGACUCUUCUCCCUGGCUCUUCUCCCUGACUCUUCUCCCUGGCUCUUCUCCCUGACUCUUCUCCCUGACCCUUCUCCCUGGCUCUUCUCCCAGGCUAUUCUCCCAGACUCUUCUCCCUGACUCUUCUCCCUGACCCUUCUCCCUGGCUCUUCUCCCUGACUCUUCUCCCUGGCUAUUCUCCCUAGCUCUUCUCCCUGGCUCUUCUCCCUGACUCUUCUCCCUGGCUAUUCACCCUGGCUCUUCUCCCUGGCUCUUCUCCCUGGCUCUUCUCCAAGACUCUUCUCCCAGGCUCUUCUCCCUGACUCUUCUCCCUGGCUCUUCUCCCUGGCUCUUCUCCCUGGCUCUUCUCCCAGACUCUUCUCCCUGGCUCUUCUCCCUGGCUCUUCUCCCAGACUCUUCUCCCUGGCUCUUCUCCCUGACUCUUCUCCCUGGCUCUUCUCCCUGGCCCAUGGUGCUAUAGAUUUGGUGCUUUCACUCCCACUACUAUACAGUGACUAUCGUCUGGAUCUGAUCUGAGCAAUAUGAACACUAAGACAUUCAUAUCUAUAUGUUGGUUAAUGCUAGCAAUGUUGUUGUUUGUUUAAAAUGAUAUCUACUUACCUCACACUGGGAAUGUUCAUUGAUGGUGUAGUACCAACACACCACCCCUCACCUCUCACCCCUUCACAUGGACUUCCCCAGUUUAUCCUGUAUUUUUCCUAGUGGUGUCAAACAUUCUUCUAAUAUAAACCCUCCCCAAGUGACAUUGCUUCUGGCGUUGGUUGGGGUUGUGAAAAGGGACCGCCACCCGUGUGGUACUGACCCAGCGGACCAGACAGACCAGGCCCAGAUGGAGCCAUGCUGUGGAGGAUAAACCAGUAGGACUUGAUGGAACCCCCAGACCAAUCGGGAAGACAAGGAGUCACAAAGGAAACACAUGGGGACUGCUAAAAUCAUAGGACUAUGCUACUUUUUGGUAGCCACCUCCAGUUUAACUAAGGACGUUAGACCCGUGAUCUUUGGUGAUGAAACGUUGAACCAGGACGUUUGGACAUUAGUGGACAAUGAAAACUAAAGCAUUUGAACUCCAUUGAACUCAACAUGCUGGUACUUCUUCCAGAGCUGUUUCUAUGUUCCUUCCUUACCUUUCCUUUCCUUAAAUCCUGAGGCUUGAAGUAACUGUCUACUGGCAUUGGGACACGGGGCCGACAGACAAUGAGACAGAUGGACUGACAGAGACACUCUAGAAGACACUCAAUCAAACUGGUACUCAUAGCUGUGGACUUAGAUGUUAUCAAUGUCACUGCUUUACCCUGUACCUUCAAGUGCAAGAGAGAAUGAAAAACAAAAAGCAUUAUUUGAUUAGUUAUGUUUAUUUCAUAUUCAGUAUUAAUGUUGGUACACUGUUACAUUUUUUUUUUUUUGUAAAUGAUAUGCUAAUUUAUUGCCAUGUGUCACUCGUUUUAGAUUUUUGUUCACUGCAUGCAAACAGAACGUUAGUCUAGUGACAAAGAAAUACAGUGAAAUAGACCCCUUCCCCAAACUGCUUCAAUGUAGAUUCAUCAGAUCAAUAAAAACAGCAGUUUCUGAAGAGACUCUGUGUU